GACUGUAUCACCGCGUAACAAAGUGAUCUAAUCAGUCGCAAAAUGCUGUAAGGACUAAGAAAGACCUAAAAAAAUUAUGGUGUCGACGGGCAAGAUAGUCGUUAGGAUAGUUUUCGUGGUUUGCUUAGUUCUGGUGCUUGUUAGUGAUUAUUCGGGACUCCUGCAUAAGCUCAUAGGAGGUAACAGGCACGAAGAAGCAGGAUAUGUCUCUCCGAGGCCUACCAAUCCUGGAUACGGAGACACCAAGGCUGACAUAGACAUAGACGCCGAUAUCGAAGAAGACUCUGUGAAGCAUUUGGGGAGCGCAAAGUCUAGAUCUAAGCUGCUGAAAACUAUAAAAAAUGCUUGUCUGCCAAAGCUGAUAUGCGAAUUGACAGCGACGCCACAAAAAGAAAAGCUGACAGAUUCAGAAAAAUCCCUCCUAAACUUACUUAGGGACACCUCCAUCAGUACCACCGCUGAGUUGACCUCUAAGUACCAUUUCGCGGCUCACAUGGGCCAACUAAUCAACGGAGUCGACGGAAAUGGUUGUCACAACUUUUACCCGACAUGUCCCUUCCCAGGACUUCAGGUCCUUCAGAUGAUGAAAAAAGUCCGGAUGCGCUAAGUACAAACGAUAGUUGAGCGAGUUGAUAUUGUAGCUCUUGAUACGCAUAUGAUAUCGACAUGCUUUUAGUUAUAAGUGUAAUAAGAGUUUUGAAUGCGAAUAUAUAUUGAUAUAGUGAGGCUGUGUUUACACUGCUAAAUAACGCCCUUGCAAUGUAAUCAUAGCUUAAGGCUCGACUGAGAUGAUGACCAAAUAUGUGAUAUGAUCUUUUGAAAAAUAAAUGUAGUAUUUAGUUUAAUGAAGUGUAGAUAAUUUAUUGUUUGUAAUUAUUGCCAUGAAAGUUAUGGACUAAGACAAAAAGGAUAACUGUAUACAUAAUUUUAAUAAUGUACAUAGAUAUUUUUUUGUUAAUUUCUAGACAGCUAAU